AUGGCCUCUGAAGAGGAACAGCGCACAGGCCAACGGCCCAGCAUCAGCAUGUACGAUCCCGCCCGAGACCGCUGGGAGGAGCAGCCUGUGGUUGCUGCUGAACCGGCGCCAGCUUCUGCUUCCAUCGAAGCAACACCAUCUCAGACGGAUGAAGCGAAACCGGUUCAUGAUCCUACUGUGAUUUCUACGAGCGAAUCUCUUCCUCUUCCCCAAACCACCGCUACCGAUCCUUCUCAACAACCGGAGCAACAGCAGCAACAGCAACAGCAGCAGAAGCAGCCACCUAUCCCAACACCUCCUUCCUCCCAAUCACGUCGCAAACACAAGAUAAACAAAAUGGGUGACUACUCUCGCUCUGGCUCUGCCGAUGUCUACGCCGAGCAGAGCUCUCCUGCGGCCGAUAGCCACAAGCGCAAGCUCGAGGACGAGACAUCGGAGCAGCAACCACCUGCCGACCAAGCGAACGACCGUCCCAUUUCAAAGCGUAAGCGACUCGAAGAACGACACCAGAAGCUCCGGAAACGCGGGCAGGCACCUCCCUCGGCUUACUCGCGCCGCGAUGGCGACGAGACAGCAGCACGCGCACCACCACAGCCCCGAUCCCCCUCACCACCCCUUCCUCCGCGGUCUCCGUCGCCGGAAGUCCAAGCGCGUCAACGGAAACGACCCGGUGGCGGAGCGCGGCGAGGUCUCGUGGACCCGCAGACGCUGCGGCGGCGACAGGAGGAGCGGGAGCGCGCGCUGGAAGAAGAUGCGAUGCGCAACUCGCAGAGCCGGGGCGUGACGGAUAUCGUGAGACAGCAUUACAAUGCAGUUCCGCAGCGGGGGCGGGAGUGGCGCAAGACGGAGAGCAAGAUUAAGGGGCUACGCAGUUUCAACAAUUGGGUGAAGAGUACGUUGAUUCAGAAGUUCUCGCCGGAUGAGGAGUUUGUGGCGCGGGCGAUUGGGACGAAGGAUUGGGCGGAUGGAACUGGGCCGCCGCCGAUGGAGGAGAAGCGGUUGUUGGUGAUUGAUUUGGGAUGUGGUAAGGGUGGUGAUCUGGGCAAGUGGCAGCUUGCGCCGCAGCCGGUGGAUCUGUACGUGGGAUUGGAUCCGGCGGAGGUGUCGAUUAUACAGGCGCGCGAGCGGUAUGCGGGGAUGCGUUCGGGCAGGGGACCGCGUGGUGGUGGGCGGAGGGGUGGCCCGCCCUUGUUUCAUGGCGAGUUCAGGUCGAAGGAUUGCUUUGGGGAGUGGUUGGGAGAUAUUGAUAUUGUUCAGCAGGUGGGAGUGGAUCCGAAUGUUGGACCGGGAGGGUCGAUGAUGGCGUCGCGAUGGGGUGGGGGUGGGUUUGAUGUGGUGGCGUCUAUGUUUGCCAUUCAUUAUGCGUUUGAGAGUGAAGAGAAGGCCCGACAGAUGCUGCGCAAUGUCGCGGGGUGUUUGAAGAAGGGUGGUCGGUUUAUUGGCGUGUGUCCCAACUCGGACAUUAUCAGUGCGCGCGUGGCCGAGUUCAAUGCCAAGCGCAAGGACCGCGAGGCGGCGAAGCAGGAUGCUGAGCCGGAAGAUGGUGAGGUAGAGGAGGAGGCCAAGGCAGAAUGGGGGAACUCGAUCUAUCGGGUGAAAUUCCCUGGAGAUACGCCGGAGGAUGGCAUCUUCAGGCCGCCGUAUGGAUGGAAGUACAGCUACUUUAUGGAGGAAGCGGUGGGCGAGAUUCCGGAGUAUGUGGUGCCGUGGGAGGCGUUCCGAGCGUUGACGGAGGAGUACAAUCUGGAGUUGCAGUACCGCAAGCCGUUCAUGGAGGUGUGGCGGGACGAGAAGGACGAUCCAGAGCUGGGACCGUUGAGCGAGCGGAUGGGCGUGAGAGAUCGCACGACGGGCGAGUUGACGAUGACGCCGGAGGAGCAGGAGGCAGUCAGUUUUUAUCAUGCGUUUUGCUUCUACAAGGUGUGAUGGAUACAUAGUAUUAGAUGAGGGUAAAUAGAUGUAAUGGAC